AUGGCUUACAGGAUUUUCUUCCUCUAUUCUCUGCUACUCAUAUUGGCUGUCACCCAAGGAAUCCAUGCAGUUGAUUACAUCAUUACCAAUAAGGCCGCUAACAGGCCCGGUGGUGCCCGAUUCGAUGAUGAAAUCGGCGUUCCAUAUAGCCAGCAAACACUAGAAAAUGCCACGAGCUUUAUAUGGAAAAUAUUCCAACAAGACUCUCCCAUACAACGUAAAAACGUUCAAAAUAUUACCAUGUUCAUCGAUGACAUGGAAGUAGGAAACGACGCUAUUAACAAUCAGAUUCAUGUUACUGCUAGUUAUAUCGAGGGUUACUCUGGAGACAUCAAAAGAGAAAUUACUGGUAUUUUGUACCACGAAAUCACCCAUAUAUGGCAGUGGGACGGGAAAGGCCACGCUCCAAGGGGAUUAAUUGAAGGGAUUGCUGAAUAUGUGAGGCUCAAAGCUGGACUUGCACCAAGUCGUGACUGGGUCACGUUUAGGCAUGGCGAUCGAUGGGACCAAGGCUGUGAUGUGAUGGCUCGAUUUCUUAAUUAUUGCGAUAGCUUGAAAGUAGGGUUUGUGGCACAACUUAAUAAGAAGAUGAGAAAUGGUUAUAGUGACCAAUUCUUUGAUGAGCUGCUCGGAAAGACUGUUGAUCAACUUUGGAGAGAUUACCAAGCUAAGUGAGGUUAAUUUUAGGUUCUGCUGUCUAAAUGUUGUUAAUCAUAAAUAAUAAAGAAAGAAAUAAACUACCUAUUUCCUCUAUUCAAGAAUUUGGAGUAUAAAGUUUAUAUAUAUGACCGUAUCCUUGCAUGUAACCGAGGCGGAGCCAGGAUUCGAAGCUUGUGGGUUUGGAGUUCUAAUUCUUUAAAGUUACUGGAUUCUUAAUUAAUAAUUUGUACAUAUUUGACAAAAAAUUUAAUACAAAUAUAUG